AUGGAAAUCAUUUUUACAAAUUCCAGCCAUAAUGUGAACAAUGCACUUCUCUGCUUCCCACAUGAGCCUGCCUCCUGCCUCCGAAAGCCUCGUUUCUUUGCGGUUCGAGUGGUCAUGUACAUCUUAAUGCUUCCUACUGUUCUCAUGACCGUUUUGGGGAACCUGCUCGUGAUUAUCACAAUUUCACAUUUCAGACAGCUGCAUUCUCCAACCAACUUCAUCAUCCUCUCGCUGGCUGUCGUGGACUCUUUGCUGGGCUCUAUGAUCAUGCCGUUCAGUAUGGUCAGGUGGGUGGAAGGCUGCUGGUUCCUGGAAGACAUUUUUUGUAAAAUCCAUUCCAGUCUGGACAUGACGCUGAGUAUCGUCUCUAUUCUGCACCUGUGUUUGGUUUCCAUCGACAGGUUCAUAGCCAUUACCGAUCCUCUGAGUUAUAAGAUGAAGGUGACGAAUGACAUGGUGGUUGGGGGAAUCACCAUCAUUUGGCUCUUUUCGUUCUCGUUUAGCUUUGGAGUUGUUCUGUCUGAUGUGAAUCUUGCAGGUUUGGAGAGCCUCCUGAUGCUAAAUUCCUGUGUUGGAAACUGCAUCCUGAUUUUUAACAAACAGUGGGCAGUUGUCGUUGCCCUUGUGGCAUUUUUUGUUCCAGGGAGUGUCAUGAGCUGUUUGUAUUUGAAGAUAUUUCAUGUUGCUAAAAAACAAGCCAGGGUCACCAUGGGUAACGCAUCUGAAAUAAAAAAGCAUUCAUCCGAACAGAGAGAGAAGAAAGCGGCUAAGACUCUCGGCAUUGUGAUGGGGAUUUUUCUGCUGUGUUGGCUGCCGUUCUUUGUUGCCACCAUAGCUGAUCCAUUCUUGGACUUCUCCACCCCUGUUGAUGUUUUUGAUGCUCUGGUGUGGUUUGGGUACCUCAAUUCUACAUGUAACCCCUUGGUCUAUGGCUUCUUUUAUCCCCGGUUUCAGAGAGCAUUUAAAAUCAUUAUAUCAAAAUAUGUGUUCCAUCUAAACACAGGACACUUGACGCUGUGA